AAUAUCAGGUACACCGAUUUGAUGAAUGCAGCAUGCUGUGUACGUAUUUGGAUGAAUGAAUACGUGGUUAUGCAUAUAUGAGUGCAAAAGAAUCGUAUGCUUUCGAAAGUGGCCCGUCAAAGUAUUUACGAGUGAACUAACUGUGCAAGUGCUGUAUACAAAGCAAUGCAAUAGCCGACAAAUGUUGCUUUCUUUCCUCGAUGGAGAUGAGACUUUGCUUUUCCAGAGGUUGUCUGCAUCAUUAGCUGGUAGUCGACUAAUUUCUCAAAUUCAAGCGACACAUAGUGCUUGCGUGUUAGAGAGAGAGAGAGAGAGAGAGAGAGAGAGAGGUUGGGACUGACCGAGCUUAGAGUCACUUCCACUCCCAGCAAGGUGUGAGAGCGUGAGGAAGUAGAAAGCUCCAUAUGAGCAGCGGUUCGGAGGAAAGGAACACAGCGAAGAUGACCAUGGAGAGCAAAGAGUGGCACAUAUCAGCGUACGCACCGGAAGGAAUCCCGACUUCCGAUCACCUGCAACUGCGUGCCGCGAAAAUCCCGGUCGCCGCCGGCUCGAUCCCCGACCGCUUUGUCGCCGUCGAGAUGCUCUUCGUCUCCGUCGAUCCCUUCCUGCGCUCCCGGAUGACCGGCCGCGAAGACGGCCUCUACUCCCCUCAAUUCGAUCUCAACCAGGUGGUCACAGCGUUUGGGAUUGGAAGAGUGGUGGAGUCAACGGACGAUAAGUAUGCCAAGGGAGAGAUUGUGAUUGGUCCAUUCUUACCGGUGGCAGAGUACUGCGUGGUGCCUUCUGACUUCAUUAUAAGGAAGAUCGAGCCUAAUGGAGACGUUGAGUUGCCAGAUUAUCUCAGCUGCUUAGGGAUACCCGGGUUCGCAGCAUGGCUGGGGAUAGAGGUGCUAGGAGAGCCGAAGGCGGGGUCGAACGUGUUCAUCUCCGCCGCGGCCGGCGGCGUGGGGAUGUACGCGGGGCAGUUGGCCAAGCUCAGAGGGUGUAGAGUAGUAGGGAGCACUGGAUCUGAUGAAAAGGUAACCCUGGUGAAGGAGGAAUUUGGUUACGAUGAAGCAUUCAACUACAAGAAAGAAACCGAUCUUGACGCUGCUUUAAGCAAAUACUUCCCCGACGGCAUCGACAUGUACCUCGACAACGUCGGUGGUAAGAUGCUCGAGGCCGUGCUGAACCAUGUCAAUCAAGGUGCUCGUAUCUCGCUCUGUGGCAUGAUUUCCGAGUACAAUAAGGUGUGGACAGAGAGGGAAGGGGUCAGGAAUCUGCUGAACAUGGUGGGGAAGGAGGUGAGGAUGGAAGGGUUCAUGGUGGGCUCGCCUUCGCACCUGGCGAGGUUCGGGGACUUCGCGCAGCAGAUGGAGGGUCACAUGAGGCAGGGCAAGAUCAGGUCCAAGCACAGGAUCUAUCAUGGAGUCGAGAGCUUCCUGGAGAGCUUGCAGUCUGUGUUCUCCAGCUCUAACUUGGGAAAGGUCAUCAUUCAAGUCAAACCCCAGUGAUAAAUGUCACAAGAUUGAACCCGAUGAGUUUGCUGUUUUCUUGUAUUCGAGACCGACUCGUCUGAUUCAUAUUUUUCGCUGUAUUUGGAACCGAACCUCUUGAUAAAGUAGACAAGUUUAUCUUGAGAGCUUGUAGUGUGUUCCAAGUCCUCCAACUAUUGCUUCAAAACUUACGAGAUCAUCAUGCAAAGUGUUUUACACAA